CAAUGUCAAGUGCUUCAACUUAUCCAUCCUCAGACAUUAACAUUCAAGUCUUCUGUUCCAGGUGAUUUGUGUGUGAGAAGAGAUGGGAUCCAGCGCAGCAGAGAGAGAGGCCCCAAGACCCCCGGAUGGUGGCUGGGGCUGGGUUGUGUUGAUUGGAUGCUUCGUCAUCACUGGCUUCUCCUAUGCUUUCCCCAAAGCUGUUAGUGUUUAUUUCAAAGAGUUGAUGAAAGACUUUGGUUGCGGGUACAGUGACACAGCAUGGAUCUCCUCCAUCAUGUUGGCCAUGCUCUAUGGUUCAGGUCCCCUGUCCAGCAUCUUGGUAAACAAGUUUGGAUGUCGUCCAGUGAUGCUGCUGGGAGGACUGUUGGCAUCAGCAGGAAUGAUCAGUGCUUCCUUCACAACCAAUAUCAUCCAGCUGUAUAUGACUGCUGGAGUGCUCACAGGUCUUGGUUUAGCCUUCAACUUCCAACCCUCCCUCAUCAUGUUGGGGACCUAUUUUGACAAGCGCCGCCCUCUGGCCAAUGGACUUGCAGCAGCGGGGAGCCCCGUGUUUCUCUCGGCCUUGUCCCCUUUGGGGCAGGUGCUUGUCGACAAGUACGGCUGGAGAGGAGGGUUCCUCAUCAUGGGCGGGCUGCUGCUCAACUGCUGCACCUGCGGGGCACUUAUGAGGCCCUUGUUGGGGAGGCUGAAGAAGGCACCAGUCGGGGUGGAGGCCGACGCCCAAGAGCUGAAAGAGAUGCUGCCGUCCAAGGGCCACGAGAACAACGUGAGGAAGAAGAGCCAGAAACCACCCAAGAAGAAACUGUUGGACUUCAGUGUGCUUCGCGACAGGGGCCUGGUGAUCUAUAUCAUGGCCAAGUUCAUUGUGGUCUUAGGCCUGUUCGUGCCGACCAUUCUCCUGGUUAACUAUGCCAAGGACCAGGGGGUGCCAGACCGCGAUGCCGCCUUCCUACUCUCCAUCAUUGGCUUCAUAGACAUCUUCGCACGACCCACCUGUGGUGUGAUAGCUGGCCUAGACUGGGUGCGACCAAAGAUGGCCUACUUCUUUAGUAUCGCCCUGAUCCUCAAUGGCCUCACAGACGUCUGUUCAGCAAGGAAUACCAGCUACAUGGGGCUGGUUAUCUUCUGCGUUUUCUUUGGAAUCACCUAUGGCAUGGUGGGAGCGUUGCAGUUUGAGGUGCUCAUGGGUAUAGUCGGAAGUGGUGGCUUCCCCAGUGCCCUUGGGCUGGUGCUGCUCUUUGAAGCCGUGGGUGUGCUAAUUGGACCGCCAUCUGCUGGAAUCUUGGUGGAUGCUUUCAAAAACUAUGAGCUGAUUUUUUACAUGGCCGGAUCAGAGCUGUUAACUGCGGGUGUGUUCCUGGCCACAGCAUCGUACUGUUGCAUAGGGAGAAAGAAAAGCAAGGACUCACCAAAUGUAGAGGAGCCAGAUGUCGAGGAGGUUGUCAACCACACCAAUCAUGAUUCGGACAAUUCUCACCAAACUGCUUUGAAGGAUGAAGAAAGUUGA